AUGAUGCGGCUCCGAGGCUCCGCGAUGCUGCGGGAGCUGCUGCUGCUGCAUCCGCCAGCCGCCGGGGCGGCUCUGAGACGGGGACAGCCUCUCACCACCUUGUGCCGGCGCCCCCGAGCCGGGGGCCGGGCUGCCGUUACUGCCCGGGAGCUGUUUCCUUGGCGGGGUGGAGGUGCCCGCCGUCUUGAGCCCCCCCUAGCCCGUGGGCUGUCGAACUCGCAUUCGGAGAUCCUGCAGAACCUGGGCAAGGGGAGCGCCAAGCCCGAGGCAUCGCAACAGCCGCAGUCGACCCCUCCUAAGGACGGCCCCAGCGAGGCCAACGCCUAUGGCAACAGCGAAGGGAAGGAGCUGGCUGGGGGAGAAAAUAGGAUCAAACAGGGUCUUCUACCUAGUUUGGAGGAUUUGCUGUUCUAUACCAUUGCAGAAGGGCAAGAAAAAAUACCAGUCCAUAAAUUCAUUACUGCACUGAAAUCUACAGGAUUGCGGACUUCUGAUCCCAGGUUGAAAGAGUGUAUGGAUAUGUUGAAAUUAACUCUUCAGACAACAUCAGAUGGUGUCAUGCUAGACAAAGAUCUUUUUAAAAAAUGUGUUCAAAGCAACAUUGUGCUUCUUACGCAAGCCUUUAGGAGAAAGUUUGUCAUUCCAGACUUUAUGUCAUUUACCUCACACAUUGAUGAAUUGUUUGAAAGUGCUAAAAAGCAGUCCGGAGGAAAGGUUGCUGAUUACAUCCCUCAACUGGCUAAGUUCAGCCCAGAUUUGUGGGGAGUGUCGGUGUGUACUGUGGAUGGACAGAGGCAUUCUAUUGGAGAUACCAAAGUACCCUUUUGUCUUCAGUCCUGUGUAAAGCCCUUGAAAUAUGCCAUUGCUGUAAAUGACCUUGGAACAGAAUAUGUGCAUCGAUAUGUUGGAAAAGAGCCCAGUGGUUUAAGAUUCAACAAACUCUUCCUGAAUGAAGAUGAUAAACCUCAUAAUCCUAUGGUGAAUGCUGGAGCAAUUGUUGUUACUUCAUUAAUAAAGCAAGGAGUAAAUAAUGCAGAAAAAUUUGACUAUGUGAUGCAGUUUUUGAAUAAGAUGGCUGGUAAUGAAUAUGUUGGAUUCAGUAAUGCCACAUUUCAGUCUGAACGAGAAAGUGGAGAUCGGAAUUUUGCAAUAGGUUAUUACUUAAAGGAAAAAAAGUGUUUUCCUGAAGGCACAGACAUGGUUGGUAUAUUAGACUUCUACUUCCAGUUGUGUUCCAUUGAAGUAACUUGUGAAUCAGCCAGUGUGAUGGCUGCCACGUUAGCUAAUGGUGGUUUCUGUCCAAUUACUGGUGAAAGAAUACUAAGCCCUGAAGCAGUUCGAAAUACACUAAGUUUGAUGCAUUCUUGUGGCAUGUAUGACUUCUCGGGUCAAUUUGCUUUCCAUGUUGGCCUUCCUGCAAAAUCUGGAGUUGCUGGAGGCAUUCUUUUAGUUGUUCCUAAUGUUAUGGGAAUGAUGUGUUGGUCUCCUCCAUUGGAUAAAAUGGGCAACAGUGUUAAGGGAAUUCACUUCUGUCAUGAUCUUGUUUCCUUGUGUAAUUUCCAUAACUAUGAUAAUUUGAGGCACUUUGCAAAAAAACUCGAUCCUCGAAGAGAAGGUGGUGAUCAAAGGGUGAAGUCAGUGAUAAAUCUCUUGUUUGCUGCAUAUACUGGAGAUGUGUCAGCCCUUCGAAGAUUUGCUUUGUCGGGGAUGGAUAUGGAGCAGCGGGACUAUGAUUCUCGAACUGCAUUGCAUGUUGCAGCUGCAGAAGGUCACGUGGAAGUGGUUAAAUUUCUGUUGGAAGCCUGCAAAGUGAAUCCUUUCCCCAAGGACAGGUGGAACAACACCCCCAUGGACGAAGCCCUGCACUUUGGACACCACGAUGUGUUUAAAAUCCUUCAGGAAUACCAAGUCCAGUACACACCUCCAGAAGAUUCCAACGACGGCAAAGAAAACCAAACAGUCCAUAAGAAUCUAGAUGGAUUGUUAUAAUGGGGUCUCAGGCUUGAUCCUAAGAAUCCAAUCACUUUAGCUAUUUAAUUGUGGGAAACGAUUAUGAAGAGCGUGUGUACUUCCCUGGUAGUGAUGUAUAUUUUACAGAGUCUGUCUGUUAUCUCAGUGUUACUGGAGUUUUUUCUUCAUUGUAUGCAGAGGACAAAUCUGAGCUCUCUGGAAAAAAAAAAGAAACAAAGCAGGAUCUCCCUUCAUAAUGUGAGCGAUAUUACCUCGUGCUAUGGAUAAUUUGAUGUACAAAACAAAAAAAAUCACCAUUGCUCGCUUUACUGUGGUCUUCACAAUUUCUUUCUGUGUCGUGUGCAUUUGUGAUGAUUGUUCUUUCUGCUGAGUAUGCAUUUUUAAACUAAGACCUUGUUUGUACAGUUAGCCCAGAUGAUCAAGACUGCCUCGAAGAGCAAAUGAAAGUGUUUUGUUUUUUUUUUCCCAAGAUAUUAAGAUUUGAAAUGCAGGAAUAGUUUGGGUGUUUUUCAAACACUCUAUGCACUUAAGGUUGUAUGUUCCCACUGUUUCCCAUGCACCCUACACCUUCCUGUGAUCUUAAGAGAAUUAUCAUUGAUGACUGUCAAUAAAUAGUGAAGGCUAAUUUUGAUUCGACUUUUAUCAGGGAUUUUAAAGUUUGUUUGGUGACCAAAAGAUCUAAGUAUGAAUGUAACUUUGGACCCUUCCAGAGGAUUCUUUUUUCAUAUCUUCCCAAGUCCAGCCUUUCUUUCUUUCUUUCUUUCUUUCUUUCUUUCUUUCUCCACAUUUAACUGUCUGCUUCUUCUCUUGAACUUGGCAGUGGUGCUUCUAUACUAUGCAGUUUUGAUCUUUGCUACAUUAGUCAGGAAGCUUCUCAACCUUGGCCUUUUGCACAGUAGCUACAACUAUGCCCGUUCUCUGUGAAAAACAAACCAGAGACAGAAAAGAACCACUAAGCCAGGUCAACCCCAGUGGAACUUAAUGGACUUGACAACAAAACAGACUGACAUGUUGAUGCUGCUCGAAGGGCAUAUUUUUCUGCUUUUUUGCCUCACUUAAGUUCAGAAAGCUACCAAAGUCAUUUUGGCUGUGUGUGUGAUUUGCCAUAAAGUGGCAUAUUUAUUAUUUUAAACCUAUCACCAAAAAUCUGAAUCAGGAUAAUUAUUCAUUUUGGGGGACCACUAGCAAAACACUCCAGCUUUCUUCUGAUUUGCCAUUGUGUGAGAUAUCUGGUGGUACAAGCAUUUCCUAAUGAAAGAAGAAAAAAAAAAACAACAAAAAAACACCUCUCUUUUUCAUUUUAAGGCUGGCACACCCAUCUAUCUUCAUCUUUGGAAGGUAGAUAAAGA